AAACUCUCUUCAAAAUUAAUGUUGCUUUAAUCCACAGAGAUUUCUGUAACUGCUACGACACCAAUGUUGUUUUAUCAUAUCACGCAUAAAGAUUGUUCUAGUAUUUAUGAAAAAAAUAUUGUUUUUAAGAUCCUAAUAUUUGUAUGACCCCAAAUCGAUCGGAAUUACCUAUUAAUUAUUUUAGACCUAAUUUCUCACCAAACCUUUUUUUUUUAGUGGAAAGCAAGGGUGAGUAGUGUGAAACAUAGUGGAAGAGGAGGCAAUUUAGCCUUAUUGAGUACUACUUAUACUAAUACAUACACAUUCUUCAAGUUUGUAUUUUUACUCACUUUCUCCACCCCUUUGAUCAAUUUCCAUGGUCUUUCUCUUCAAUUUCAUUUAGCUUCCCCAAAUUCAAAGCCCUUUCACUUAGAUCUCAAUUGGGUUAUGGACAUGGCUUCCAGUCCGCGCACCGUUGAAGAGAUCUUCAAGGACUAUAGCGCCAGAAGAACCGGUGUUAUUCGCGCUCUCACUCAUGACGUUGAUGAAUUUUACGGACUCUGCGAUCCAGAUAAGGAUAACUUGUGCCUCUAUGGACACCCAAAUGAAGCCUGGGAAGUAACUCUGCCAGCAGAGGAAGUUCCACCAGAGCUACCUGAGCCGGCUCUUGGAAUCAAUUUUGCUAGGGAUGGCAUGAACCGGAGGGACUGGCUAUCUCUGGUUGCUGUGCACAGUGACUCGUGGUUGGUUUCUGUGGCCUUUUACCUUGGGGCUCGUCUUAAUCGCAAUGAAAGGAAACGUUUGUUUAGUUUGAUCAAUGAUCUUCCAUCCGUUUUUGAAGUUGUGACUGAAAGGAAACCAAUUAAGGACAAGCCCACUGUGGAUAGUGGAAGCAAGUCUCGGGGAAGUACCAAGAGAUCCAAUGAUGGGCAAGUUAAAAGCAACCCGAAGUUUGCUGCGGAUGAGGGUUACGAGGAGGAUGAAGAUGAGCACAACGAAACACUCUGUGGAAGCUGUGGUGGAAACUACAACUCCGACGAGUUUUGGAUUUGCUGCGACAUAUGUGAGAGGUGGUUCCAUGGGAAGUGCGUUAAGAUCACCCCUGCAAAGGCUGAGGGCAUAAAGCACUAUAAAUGUCCAUCAUGCAGCCUGAGGCGUGGCAGGCCCUAAAGUGAAGACUCUGGAAAAGGGUGCAUGUGAGGUGAGUGUUGUUUCGUGGCUUACAAGAUACUGUAAUUUUGUUACAUCACUUACAGAAGUUCAUGUAAUGGCUAAAUUUAGUAGGGAUCAAGUUUCUUUUUUACCAAGAUGAACGGUUGGUGUAUGAUACACAGUACAGAAUAGGACAUGACAAAUUUUAAUUUCAUGAUUAGUUUAUAUUUAGUUGAAUAUUGCUUGAAUUUAUAUUGUAACUUUAUUUUAGUUUUUAUCACAGAGAAAACAACAUUUUCUCCUCCA